AUGCAGGCCGCACACAGGAGUCUACAGGCUCAUGGUUGGAAGCAGUGGCUGGAACAGGUCCGUGCCACACAGGCAGCGGGACCCAGUUCUCCGGAGCUGGGGAAGCUUCGUGGACCGGUGCUGAGCAUGUCACGCACAGAUUUGAUCAAUCCCAGAGUUGCAGAGAAAAGAGCUUUCAGGCGUGCCAGACAGCGAGCUGGCCGUAUGGGUGGAACAUGGUAUCGAGGACAGUUCGACAGCAGCAGCGUGCCUCCCAGGCACAUUUUCCACAGGUAUGCUGGCUUACUGAUCAUGCUGUCAAAGCAUCAUUUCAAGGAGAAUCGUGACAUUCGGGGUGUGGUGUGGGAUGCCAUUGAUCACAUGCUUGCAAGCAUUCCGCUGCGCAACAUCCUUCAUAUGAGACCGGCGGCCACGCGCACUGCUGAAGCUAAUGCUGACUCUGAAUACGGCAGGGGGAAUCAGCAAGCAGGCCCGCCCACUGACACAUUUUCCUGUCUCAGCCUGGCGGGCCAGUGGACACCACCCGAUACAGGCGCUGCCUUGCUUCAGGCCGUGCACCUGCAUGACCCCAAGGUGGAUGAACUGCAGCAGGCAGUCCAGCGGGAGCUGCAAAAGGCCGACAUUUCGGACCUCCAUGCCUUACACCAGUGCAUCAAUACCACCUUGUGUCAGGUUGCCGCCAGGUUGUUCCCCACCAGACGUUCGCCAGACGCCCGUCUCAGCGCCCAGGUAGGUUUCCGUGCCUCUGCCCGUCACACAUGGCAACUGUACGCCCAGUACAGGCGUGCCAGAGUUGCCACCCUUGGCCACAUUGUUCAGAAGUGGAGGCUCGCAGUUCAAUUCUUCCGUGCUUCCAGGGCACUGCGGGAUCAGAGCCAAGCUCUCAAGCGCCAGGCUUUUCAAACCAAGUUGCUUCAGGCCGAGCAGGCAGCUGCCGCGGGGGACCAGCGAACUCUGCACCAGAUUGUAAACUCGCUUGCUCCAAACCAUCGCAAGGUUUUCUCGAGACUUCGGGGCCAAGAUGGCAAGCUCCUAUCCAAGCCGGAAGAGGCCAAGGCCCUGGUGGCACAGGGAGCUAGCACAUAUGCCCAGUACCCAGAUUUGCCGGUCAAGGAACCCCUUAGCCAGCACCUGCACAUUGAAGAAGCUGAGGUUGUGGGCCAACUGCGUGCUAUCAAGGCCUCCAAGGCUGUCCCCAAACACAUUGCUCCUGCUGUGAUUUGGAAGAUAUGUGCAUCCACCUUGGGCCCCCUUCUCGCUCGGGCCUUCAACCAUCACUUUCAGGAGGGGCAGAUGGGUCUCCUCCAAGGGGACCUAACGGACGCUAGCAUGGUUAUGCUGCCCAAGGUGGGAAAGCCUGCACAUCUCCUUGAAAACCUCCGCCCCAUAGGCUUGAUGGCACCCCCCUCCAAAUCCUUAGCUGGUAUUCUGCGCGAUAGGAUGAUGGAAUGGCAACUCCCUCGCCUCCGGUUUAGACCCCAGUUUGCUUACACCCCAAACCGGGGCACUUUUGAUGCAUUGCUGCGGGUUCAUAAGCAUGUCGAGGAUGCAAUGGCCCUUUUCCGAUCAAACCGGAUCUCGCGCUUCGGCCAGCACGGUGGGCGCAAACCAUUGCCUUUUGUCGGGGCCCUGAGCCUUUCCUUGGAUCUCAGUAGAGCUUUUGACCUCACGGACCGUCAGAUGCUCUUUCAAGCCCUUCCCCAAUACGGAAUCCCACCGGAGGUGGUGGAAGUAGCCCGCCGGCUCCACUAUGGAGCCAAGUUCAUCUACAAGGCCGGAGACUGUGAAGCUGACUUCACCCCCACAAACGGCCUAAAACAGGGUUGCAAAGUUGCUCCGUGUUUGUGGGUUUGGUAUACCAUCAUCCUCAUGGACUCUCUUGCAGGGCAGCUCAACGACCGUUGGGUGGAAGAGGUGCUCACGCUUUUCGCCGACGAUUGCUGGGCUAGUUGGUUGCUCCAUUCCAAGGACGACCUCCACCGUGCCCUGACAGAGCUCAGGAUCCUGCUUUGCACCCUCGAGUCCUUUAGGAUGAAGAUCAACUACAGCAAAACGGCAGUAUUGCUUAAGUUCGUUGGUCGCCAAGCCCGCCAAGCACUCCAUGACAUCACCAAGCUUCAAAAUGGGAUCAGGUAUCUCUGUUUGGACGUCCAGGGGGUAGAAAGACUCAUACCACUGAAGGAAGAGCAUGAAUACUUGGGUUCCAGGGUCAGUUACCAUCGGCAACAGGAAGUCAAUGUGACUCACCGUCUGCAAGCUAGCCAAGCACGCUAUCAGGCACUACGGAAAGCCCUCACGGGCAGACAUGCCAUCCAGCAGGGCCACAGGCUGCGCUUGUGGCGAGCAUGCAUAAGCACCAGCAUGUUGUAUUCCCUCCCGGCUGUUGGGCUUAACGAGCCAGGCCUCCGACGACUGGAGGUCAGGGUCCUGCAACAUCUGCGAGCCAUCCUCAGGCUGCCGGCACACUUGACCAUGGUUGAAAAUGCCGAGAUCUGGUCGAGGUCACAGAUUCAACCGCCGGGCACAUGUGUCCUGCAAGCCAUGCUCUCAGCUUGUGGCAAGUUGGAGGACAAAGCACGCCGAGCACCGGAUAUCACCACCCGGCCGGAGCUCAUGGAUCACCUAAGGCACCUGAUCAAGCAGCUGCACUUACUCCUGGAGGGCAGGGACACCGCGCGGGCCAAACCGACGCCGGAGGCUGACCAGACAUCCUUCUCAUGCCCGCACUGUAGCCAUGUGUCGUCUUCUGAUCACGCCCUCAGAAUCCAUGUUGGACUGCAUCAUCCCGAGCAGCAGAAAUCCUGCGUGGGACAGGCGGUGACUUUCUCACCGGAACUUCAUGCCAUAGGCGUGCCUCCCACCAUGACCUUGAGCUCGGACAGCAGCCAGGGCCUCAAUCCGGAGGCGGACAUCUUCAGGCACUGCUUGGCAGCAGCGCCGUUCCCAACCGGGGCGAAACAGGAUCCGCCCAACAAACGCCGGCGCCCGAGCCCGCAUCAGCAGCCACAGAGGGGAUAUCGAAGGUUCCCACGUCGUGGUUCUUCCGACCCAGAGGAGUCGGAGCUAGUCCUUGCACUGGCUCGGCUGGCAUUGCGCCAGGAAACUCAACUUGCGGAGCUCCGCAUGGACAAGGGGUUCGUGAUGUUCUUCAAGCAGGAUCAGAUCAGCAUCCUGCCGGGCCUCUAUGCGGUAUCCAAGGAGUUCAAUGCCAAGCAGGCCGAAGGCCAUCCGGAGCUGACCACACCACUGCGCACGCUCCUCCUGGCUUGCCUGAUGCGACAGUUCCGGGAACGAGUGGUUCACAUGAUGGGGUCCCCAGAGGGCAUCCACAAGCUGCAGACAGCGGGCUGGCUGACGACAGACCAGGUCUGGACACGGCAAAAGUGGUGCCGUCAGACAAAACGACUUGUGCCCGACCAGGAAGGACAGGGCAUCCCACACGCGGACCUCCUCUCAUCCAUCGACUUCUUGCUCGUCAACCUCAAGGGGGACAUCAUCCACCAGUUCCACUCGACCACGAAGCUCAAGACCCUGGAGGGCGAGAAUGCACAGGUCGCGACCUUUCUGAUGUCCAUCAGUCUUCGGGGCCAGCGAGCUUACGAAGUCCACCUGCACUUUCUCAACCUGAUCGGAGCUUCGGCUCUUCAGCUCAUCGGCCUCUCCCUGAAACGGGAGACACUUCAACGAUCCCAGGCGGCACGCCACCUGGAAUCCCUGCUGUACAAGCGGUGA